AAUGGCUGUCUCAGUUUUUCUCAUGGCUGCCCUCCUUUUUGUUUCUGUUUCUGCCAACCACAGAAUUAACACCGAACAAAAUCUCGAAACACUUUAUAAUACAAUUCUUCGUCACCAGAAUGCAGCCAAUCUAGAAACCGCCAAAUACGCACCGUAUCCUGAUCAUAUACUUGAUAUGAGCCAAUUAGUCCAAGCCCUGGCUAACAAAAAUUUGUCUGAAGGGGUUGGCUUCGAUACGAUAGGCCAAGUUUAUCAUAUCAUCGAUCAGAAACUAAAAUAUAACAAGGCCUCUGAUGCUAUGCUCGAAAGCAUCAACUUUGACAUGAUCAAUCUCACAGUCUACCACCGGUAUGAAGACGUGAAUCGAAUUGGAACGAAGAUGCCUCUGCUUUUCACCAAUCUAGGCCCUCCAUCUGCAUCUCUACUGAAGAGACCCCAGCCCGAGGCUCUCAACAACAGCCAAAUUUUAUGCGGGUCAGCGGUUUCACGAGAGCAGGCAGUCUGUGUGACCUCCCUCGAAGAAAUGCUGGAAUUUGUGUAUCAGCACAUGGGAGAAAAUGUUAAGCCAGUCUCCGCUCUUCCUGGAAAGUGGCAGGAGUACACUAUCACCGCAAUGCCCAAGGUAAUUGCGCGAAAAAUGACCGGAUGUCACAAAUCUGAUUCUCGUCCAUUUGCAGUCUAUGAGUGUCACAAUGUUCCUGACACUUUAAUUCGUGUUGUGCCUUUACUUGGACGGGAUGGAAUGAAAGUGCAGGCUGUUUCGGUCUGCCAUAUGAACACCUCGUCGUGGAAUGCUCAUUACGUAGCGUUUUAUCUUUUAAAGGCAAAACCUGGAAUUCCAGUGUGCCAUUUCCUGGCAACAGACGAUAUCAUUUGGUUAGCCAACUGAGUGGAUUUAAGAACCUGUAAAGGGAAAUAUUAAAUUUGACCUUCGAUUUCUUAAUGUCAAUUGCUUGCUUAUAUCUGAGAGCCAUAACUCUUGUGACGAGAAUGGAAUGUGCUUGCAUUAUCAAUUUCUUAUUCUUUGUAUAUGAGUUGAGCCAAAUCAUGAAUUUGGUAUAGGAACUCAUGUAAUUUAAAGAAAAGCAAUUUU